AUGUUGACCAAGGUUUCCACCAUUCUGGCCCUAGCGGCCGCCGUCCGCGCGCAGCAGGUCUGCACUCUCAACGCAGAGACCAAGCCGGCCAUCACCUGGUCUACCUGCGCCGCCGGUGGUGCUUGCACCAAGAACAACGGCGCCAUCACCGUCGAUGCCAACUGGCGCUGGACUCAUCAGACCAGCGGCAGCACAAACUGCUACACCGGCAACAAGUGGGACACUUCCAUCUGCAGCACCGGCGAGGACUGUGCGUCCAAGUGCUGUCUCGAUGGUGCCGACUACUCCGGCACGUACGGUGCUACCGCCACCGGUGAUUCCCUCAACCUCAAGUUCGUCCAGCAGGGACCCUACAGCAAGAACAUCGGCUCUCGCAUGUACCUCAUGGACAGUGCUGGCGAGAAGUACGAGAUGUUCAAGCUUCUUGGCCAGGAGUUCACCUUUGAUGUCGAUAUCUCCAACCUUGGUUGCGGCUUGAACGGUGCUCUCUACUUCGUCUCCAUGGAUGCCGACGGUGGUGUUGCCAAGUUCCCCACCAACAAGGCCGGCGCCAAGUACGGCACCGGAUACUGCGACAGCCAGUGCCCUCGUGAUCUGAAGUUCAUCGACGGCAAGGCCAACGUCGAGGGCUGGACUCCGUCCUCCAACGACGCCAACGCCGGCGUCGGUAACAUGGGAUCUUGCUGCUCGGAGAUGGACAUCUGGGAGGCCAACUCCGUCUCUACCGCCUACACCCCGCACCCCUGCGAGACCAUCGGCCAGAAGAGCUGCAGUGGUGACGCCUGCGGCGGCACCUACAGCAAGACCCGCUACGCCGGCCAGUGCGACCCCGACGGCUGCGACUUCAACAGCUACCGCAUGGGCAACACGACCUUCUACGGCAAGGGCUCUCAGUUCGCCAUCGACACCUCCAAGAAGAUCACCGUCGUCACCCAGUUCGUCGAGUCCGGCGGUGCCCUGUCCGACAUCAAGCGCUUCUACGUCCAGGACGGCAAGGUCUUCGCCAACUCCAAGUCUGACGUUGCUUCCGUCGACGGUAACUCCAUCACCAAGGACUUCUGCAGCGCCCAGAAGAAGGCUUUCGGCGAUGACGAUGUCUUCACCCAGAAGGGAGGCCUUCCUCAGAUGGGCAAGGCUCUUGCUGACGGCAUGGUCCUGGUCAUGUCCGUCUGGGAUGACCACAACUCCAACAUGCUCUGGCUGGAUUCUUCUUACCCCACCGACAAGACCGGCGCUGGCGUUGCCCGUGGAACUUGCGGAAAGGACUCCGGUGUCCCUGCCGACGUUGAGUCCCAGGCUCCCAACUCCAACGUCAUCUUCUCCAACAUCAAGGUUGGCCCCAUUGGCUCGACCUUCAACUCCGCUGGCACUGCUACCCAGCUCAGUCUGCUCAUAUCUCUUUUCAGAGAGAAGAAGCAGCUGGCCGUCACAAUCGCGGUCGAGAGUUCUGUCUCCAGACGCCGACGCCAGAAUGGCUCCGACAACUUGGGAAUCCAGAUUGGCUACCGAACUCUGUCAAUUCACGUCUCGGAAUCUCAGCAUGCGGCUGCGAACGCCGAGACUGAUCUCAAGGCGGUCAAGGACGGCGACGACGAGUAUUUCGCUGAACUCAACUUUCACACCUCGCCUGGAUCCCAAGUCUGCCAACAGUUCGACGUUUCAGAGGACCAAGGUCUUUCUGAAGCUGAAGCGGCUUCUCGUCUUCAGAAGAAUGGACGCAACACCCUCCCCGAGCCGAAGACGAAUUACCUCAAGAAGCUGUUCUUCUACGUCUUCGGCGGCUUCUGCUCCGUGCUCUGGGUCGGAGCCAUCAUAUUCUUCAUCUGCUGGCGGCCCCUGAGCGAUCCUCCUUCGGCGCAAAAUCUCGCCAUGGCUGUCCUGAUCUUGAUCGUCAUCUUUCUCCAAGCCGGGUUUUCUGCUUUCCAGGACUGGUCCACCCAGAAGACGAUGAAGUCCAUCACCAACCUCCUUCCAUCAGAGACUCUCGUGCUACGUGCAGGCUCCGUCAAACGACUCUCCGCAUCCGAGCUCGUCGACGGCGACAUCGUUCAUCUGCGCACUGGAAGCAAGGUCCCGGCAGAUCUCCGACUCCUCUCCCACUCCGGCGACAUCCGCUUCGACCGCGGCGUCCUCACCGGCGAAUCCGAUGAAGUCGAAGGCGCCCUCGACUCGACCGAUCCCAACUUCCUCGAGAGCCGGAAUAUUGCCUUGAUGGGUACAACAGUGGUCAACGGUCAUGGUGUUGGCAUCGUCGUACUGACGGGUGCUCGAUCUGUCAUGGGCAGAGUUGCACGCGCUACUACCGACGUUGGCGAGAAGGUCACACUAAUCCAGAGAGAAAUCUGGCGAUUCGUUCGCAUCAUCGUCGUCCUCACAGUCUUCUUGGCGCUUCUGAUCUUCGUUGCGUGGAUUGCGUGGCUCAAGAGAGAUCAUCCAUCUUACAUGAACGUGGUGCAGAUGCUGAACAAUGUCAUGGGAUGCGUGGUUGCCUUCAUCCCGGAGGGCAUGCCGGUGGCGGUUGCUCUGACGCUGAUGAUGGUUGCUCGACGCAUGAAGGCAGUUAACAUUCUUCCAAAGGGUCUGUCCACAGUCGAGACUCUUGGCUGUGUCAACGUUAUCUGCUCUGACAAGACGGGUACGUUGACGCAGAACCAGAUGACAGUGCACUCUAUUGCGUUCGUCGACAAGUUGCUCGACUCGCCAGAGAGCGCGUAUCAGGCUCUUGAAGCUGAGAAGCCCGACACAAUCUUCACCAUGCUACAGAAGGCUGCGAUUCUUUGCAACGACGCUUCUUUUGAGACAAGCUCCAUGCACCUUCCUCCCCACGAAAGAACAGCCGAGGGCAAUGCUACUGAUGUGGCCAUUCUCAAGUUUGCUGCUGCAGGCCGAGGAGGUGACGAUCUUGUAGCGGCAUCUCCAAGAGUUUUCUCCAUCCCAUUCAACUCCAAGAACAAGUGGAUGCUUUCCAUGUGUCGCGAAGAUGGGUCACCUGAGAAAGGGAACAGGUUCCAAAUGUUCAUCAAGGGGGCUCCCGAUAUCCUCCUGCCCGCUUGCACCAGCUAUUGGUCGGAGAAAACCAAGUCAGUCCAGCCUCUGGACCCUGCCGGACAGCAGUCAUUCAAGGAAAUCCAAGACAAGCUGUCUAGGAAUGCCGAACGCGUCGUCGUCAUUUGCGAGAAACUCAUGGAAACCACGGAGUCUCUCGGAACCAACGCCUUCAGCGAUGAAGUAGCCACGAAAACUUUGGAAGACCUGACCGUCGUCGGAAUCCUCGGCAUUAUCGAUCCUCCCCGACCAGAAGCGGCUUCGACCGUGGCUGACUGCCGUCGCGCCGGCGCCAGGUUCUUCAUGGUGACCGGCGACUACGGGGUCACAGCCGCCGCCAUAGCCCACAACAUUGGUAUCUUCACGACUUCGGAACCCGACACCUUCGACACCAUCCGCCGGGGCAUGACACCGUCCGCUCAGGAGCUUCGCAGUGAGCGGAUCUGUGGCAACGGUCGCAGCCUUCUUCUUGAAGGCACUUCUGUCGCUCGACUCAUGGCUCAAGACUGGGACAUUGUGUGCGAGUAUGAUGAGAUUGUCUUUUCACGCACGACUCCGGAGCAGAAGCUUCGUAUCGUCAACGAGUUUCAAAGCCGCGACAAUGUUGUCGCUGUUACUGGCGAUGGCGUGAACGAUGCGCCGGCCCUUCGUGCUGCCGACGUGGGUGUAGCCGUCGUCACUGGCAGUGACGUCGCCAUCGAGGCAGCCGACCUGGUCUUGUUGGACCAGUUCGACUCGAUUGUGGAGGCCAUUCGUCUUGGGCGUCUUGUUUUUCAGAACCUCCAAAAGGUCAUUGCUUACCUUCUACCCGCCGGUAGUUGGUCCGAGAUCUGGCCUGUCAUCGUCAAUGUCUUCUUCGGCGUACCUCUGCCUCUGAGCGUCUUUCUCAUGAUCAUCAUUUGCGUCUUCACCGAUCUCUUUCUUUCGCUAUCUCUGAUCAUGGAAAAGCAAGAGUUCGAUCUCCUGUCACUUCCCCCACGCAACGCAAAACGUGAUCACCUCAUCAACCUGAAGAUCUACGCCCAAGCCUACCUUUUCACGGGCUUCAUGGAGACCAUCUGCGCCCAUUCCAUGUUCUUCCUGUACAUGUGGAAGUAUGCUGGCUUCCCGAUUCAAGAGCUGUUCUUUCUUUUCGAGGGUUACGGUGAGGGAUACCACGGCUAUACGCUCGACGAGCUCACAAAGUUCAACGCUACGGGCCAAUGCGUCUACUUCGUGACUUUGCUGUUCCUCCAAUGGGGAAAUAUUCUUGCCGUCCGCAACCGAAGGCUAAGCAUCGUCCAGGCUGAUCCGAUCACCAAGAAGAGACGGAACCCGUGGUUAAUUGCGAGCGCGAUCAUCAGUCUCGCAAUUGCCAUUUUCGUCACCGAGGUUUCUGGGAUUCAAAAUCUGUUUGGGACUGCCUCGGUUCCCAUUGAGUUCUGGCUGAUUCCCGUUCCAUUGGCAUUGGGUAUCUUAUUCAUGGACGAGAUCAGGAAGUUACUCGUCAGAUUAUUCCCCCAAGGUCUGAUUGCAAGGGUGGCAUGGUGA